CCUGGAUUGGCUCCUGAGGCCUUUUAAGUAAAGGCUUUGUUCUCUGGAAAGCGCAGGUCAGUUGUGCUACAUGCCGCCACUGUUUGGGGAAAGGGGGAAAAAAAAAGAGCUGAGUAAUGCUGGAGCCUUCUCAUGUGGCUGAUGCAAACCUGGAGAAUUUGCAUCAUCAUUUAGCAGGAGUAAGUUGGUGUGACAGGAGCUUAAAUACAAGCGCUUGAGGAAGCCGAGCUAGUUUCUAAUGGCAGGGCAGCCGCAGCAGCAGCAGCAGCAGUAAGAGCAGCAGCAGGGGCAGAAAGGAAAGGUUCGGGCUGCAGUGGGAAAGGCACAGGUGUUCUUGACGAAUAAUUAGAGAGGCUGGAAGAGUAAAACACAACUUUAAGGUCCAUACCUGUGAACACUAGAGCCGCGUGAAAGGCUACAAGGACAGGAAACAGUCCGAACUCAGUCAGGGAGCAGGGAGACCAGACCUUGUUUUCAAAGUUUUUCUCCUCGUCCUGUCUUUCUCGUCGUCGUUCUCCUCCUUUCCUUCCUCCUCCUUCUCCUCUCCUUUUCUGUAUUUUUUGCUUUUUUCUUUCUCUUUCUCUCCUUGAGUUUGGCCGAAUCCCACUAUGGUCAGGAAGCCUGUGAUGUCCUCCAUCUCCAAUGGAGGCUACCUCCAGGGGGAUGCUCAUGGCCACUUGCCCCCCAAGGGCAGCAAACAUGCCCCUGAGCAGGGGAAGAUGGUGCUGAAGAAAAAGAUCACGCUGCUGAGGGGCAUCUCCAUCAUCAUUGGCACUAUCAUCGGGGCUGGCAUCUUCAUCUCCCCCAAAGGAGUUCUCCAAAACACGGGCACCGUGGGCAUGUCUCUGAUCGUCUGGACGGUCUGUGGGCUCGUAUCUCUAUUUGGGGCUUUGUCUUAUGCUGAACUGGGGACGUGUAUAAAGAAAUCUGGUGGUCACUACACUUACAUCUUGGAAGUCUUUGGCCCAUUACCAGCUUUUGUCCGAGUCUGGGUGGAGCUAAUCGUAAUACGCCCUGCUGCCACUGCUGUGAUAUCCUUGGCAUUUGGACGCUAUAUCCUGGAACCAUUUUUUAUUCAGUGUGAAAUCCCAGAACUUGCAAUCAAGCUAAUUACGGCCGUGGGCAUCACCACAAUCAUGGCGCUGAAUAGCGUGAGUGUCAACUGGACUUCCAGGAUUCAGAUAUUUUUAACCCUUUGCAAGCUUAUAGCCAUUCUAAUAAUUAUAGUCCUUGGAGUUAUGCAACUAAUUAAAGGUCAAACCCAGCACUUUAGAGAUGCCUUUUCAGGAAAUGAUGCCAGUAUUGUAAGAUUACCAUUGGCUUUUUAUUAUGGAAUGUAUGCAUAUGCGGGCUGGUUUUAUCUCAACUUUGUUACUGAAGAAGUAGAAAAUCCUGAGCGAAAUGUUCCUCUUGCAAUAUGUAUAUCAAUGGUCAUAGUCACUGUUGGCUAUGUCCUAACGAACGUGGCCUAUUUCACUACCAUCAGUGCUGAAGAGCUGCUGCUUUCCAAAGCCGUGGCAGUGACCUUUGCAGAAAGGCUUUUGGGAAAAUUCUCAGUAGCUGUUCCAGUCUUUGUUGCCCUUUCCUGUUUUGGUUCCAUGAACGGAGGCGUUUUUGCUGUCUCCAGGUUGUUUUAUGUUGCUUCCCGUGAGGGUCACCUUCCAGAAAUCCUCUCCAUGAUUCAUGUCCGCAAGUACACUCCUCUGCCAGCUGUCAUUGUAUUGUACCCUUUGACGAUGAUAAUGCUUUUCUUCGGUGAUCUUUAUGGUCUUCUGAAUUUCCUCAGUUUUGCCAGGUGGCUUUUUAUUGGACUAGCAGUUGCAGGGCUGAUUUAUCUCCGAUACAAACGACCAGAUAUGCAUCGUCCUUUCAAGGUGCCGCUGUUUAUCCCAGCUCUGUUUUCCUUCACCUGCCUUUUCAUGGUGGCCUUGUCCCUUUAUUCUGAUCCGCUCAGUACUGGGAUAGGUUUUGGGAUCACGCUGACUGGUAUCCCGGCAUACUACUUCUUCAUUGUCUGGGACAAGAAACCGAAGUGGUUCCAGAGAAUAGCAGAUGGAAUAACCAGAACCCUACAAAUAUUGCUGGAAGUUGUACCCUCAGAAGUACCCACAGAAGAUAAGUUAUGAACAGUCGAAUUGCAAAGAAGGCACUGUAUGUUGAUGUCCCACUCUUUUCUGUUUCCAUCUGAAAACAAAUGGAAAAUGAGAAACUGCUUCUUGGGAUUCCAGAGAAUUACAAGACUGAGUUACAGCUUAGAGGAAACAAUUAUCUUCAGCACUAGUUUUCUUAUGUGUUCAAACCUAUGUUUAAGAUGUUUAGGUGUACCUUCAGGUACAUGUGCAGACAGCUGGUAGGCUUUUCUACCACCAUUCACACUGCUCUUUUUAGGGGCAGACACCUUUUGUGGGCAGGGGAAGGAGGACACAGAAUGACAAAUCACUCUAAUGAUCUUUCUUUGUGACAUUAUCUUACUGAAUCCUACGGUCUUCAAAUUGAAGGUCAUGGGAUAUUUUCUGUAUUAAUAAGUAUUUUAUAAAAUGGUUUUAUAUACUGUAGGUAGAUGUACUGUGAAAAGUGUCCUCUGCUCUUUGAACAUGCGACUCAGCUCUCCUGUGAUGUGAGCAUGGGUGACAGAGGUACACCUUAAUUUUAAAUCUUCAAACCAUAUGCCUUCCUCCUUCUUUUAUUUGCACUGUAUUGGUUCUCCAAAUACAGUCACACUGGUUUAGGUUUCACUGUUCCUUUUUUAAUGGACUAGUCCCAGGACAUUUGGGAUGGGAGAGAAGGGAUGUGGCUCGUUUUCUUGAGUGCAUUAAAACAGUAACUUUGGGGUUAUUGUUUAUUACUCAGGGCCCUGUAGGAAACUGGACAUUUUGCAAAGUCCUUUUAUUCUUUGUGAGGUGAGUGAAGUGGAAAGGAUACAGGUCUUCACCCUUUCCAAAUCAGUCCAUUUGGUCUUGAAGCCUCAUAGUAAACAACUGAGUUUCAAGAACUAGAUGUUUUUAGCUCCUGAUCUCACCUGGAAUAAAUUCCCUGUUGAAUAUAUCAAAAGAAACUUUUUUUUUGUAUCUUCAAAGAACCAACAUCAACAUUAAAGAUGAUUCGCCAAGGGGGGAGGAGGAAAAUUGCCCAAACCACAUUCUUGCACUCUUAUCUGUGUUUGCACUGUUUCUAACUUAGGAGGAGAUUUUUAUAUUUCAAUAAUUUUACAGAAUGACAAAUUUUAAGAUUUUUUAAAGUGUUCCUAUCUUUUGUACAUAAUUUUAUUGAAAAAGAAAAAUAGCUGAGUAAGAUAGUAUGAUAUACUGAAUGAACAUAACUGGGACAUAAGUGAUCUUAAGUUUAGGCCUGUCUCCCACAAAUGUGGUAGGUAACUUUGGCUAUAAAACUUUAUCACAUUGGGCCUCAGUUCCUUCAUAUCUAAAAUUAAGAUAUAUAAUUCUGAACUUUUGCACCUUGUGAAACAGAGGAUGGAGGGGAGGGAUAAAGUAGAAGGAAUUCACUUGGGGGUAGUUCGCGAGGAGAAGAGGUGCACCUUAUGAUGGUAUUUUGCUACCAUCCAAAAUUCAAAUGUUGGUGACAUGGGGCAAAGCCAAGGUUUUCCUGUCCUAGUUAAGCUUCUGGUAAAAUAGAAGGGCUGAAUUGUGAACUUCUCCAAGUUUAUAUUCUAUGGUUCUAUAAACUUCAGAUUGUUUGAGGAAAGAUGUCUACUUACAUGAAAGACUGAGGGGUAGGUAUGUGGAAUAUCACUGUUACUGAAGAUUUACACUCAGUUUAAGGAUUCCUAGUACUUUUCCUCGAAAUUGUCAGUUAUUUCAACAUAGAGAUCAAUUUUACUCGCGAAGAGGAAAUAUAUGACAAAAAUAUUUGAAAAAAGAACGAGAGAAAACUGUGUAUAUGCAUGUGUGUUUAUGUGAGUGUGUGUGUAAUUGUGCUGUGUACCUGCACUGUUCCACAGGAGAGGAAGAAGGAAUGAAAGGAAAUUAAAAAAAAAAAAGGAUGCUUUUAAAAAUGGAAUCAAAGCAGUGAUGAAGUUAAUGAACUCUUUAGUUUUACACAAGUCUAAUUAAAGUUCUAAUGGUGGGCAGAUUCCUAUCCUCUAGAUGGUCUCCAUGAUAUUAAUAAUGAUAGCUAGAAUUUGCCUACCAUGGUCCAGACACUUUACAAACCUCAUCUCAUUUGCUCCUCACAAUAACUCUGUGAGGUAGAUGCUGUUAUUCUCACUGUGCAGUUGAAGAAACUGAA